AAUGUUGAGAUAAUCAUUUAACAAAAUAUGUAGAAAAACCAAGUUUUAGAGAUUCACAUGUUACUUUAGUAAUUAUUCUUAAAAGAAUCCUGCAAUGAAAUAUGAUGAUGAGUUUAGAACAACUAUAAAUCAUGAAGGCAAAUUACUACCAAAUUCAGAUCAUUCCUUUAUAGCUGAUCAUGAUGACAAAUAUGGAUUAUAACAUAUUAGAGAUCCUGCAAAGAUAUUAACACAUCUAAAAUCAGUUGAAUUUAAAUAUUCAUUCAAUGAUUUGAUUUAUUUUUUGCGACAUCUAGUUCACAUUUCAGAAGAACAUGGUAUAAGAUCAUAGAUAAUGAACAAUUAUAAUUUUAAAGAAUUUUUAAACCAUAUUAAGAAAUGUUUAAUAACAAAUCAACAUGAUAAAUUUCCAUUAAUUGGAUCCUAUGCAUAUUGUCUAAACAAAUUGGAUAUUAAUGAUAGAGAAAUGUGGAGAUUAUUGGAAUACAAAAUAUUAGAAGAUUAAUAUCAUACAACAUUUGAUGAAAGUGUCUUUGCAGCAUAAGGAUUUUGUAAAUUACCAUUGAUGUAUUAUGGUUAAAGUGAAGAAACCAUAUAAAAUAAGAUUGAUAAGGUUUAUAAAAAAUUAGAAAGAGUUAUUCGAAUAACUAUUUGGGAAGUCAACCCUAUUCAUUAUCACUCUAUAGCUAUGGCAUUAGCCAAAGUAAAUAGAUUUGAUCCUGAAAUGUUUGCUAAAUUAGAAUAACAUAUAUUAACUAAUUUAUCCUUAAAUUACACUACUAAAAUGAUGGUUGAUAUCUUAUUCUGUUUUGCAAAGGGAAAACAAGGAUCUUUGGAAUUUUAUGAUUCAAUGUAAUAUGUGAUAUUUAAAGGUCAUAUGUUCAAUAGAAACUUUUUCUUAUAAUCCCUUUCUGAAUUAAGUUAUGAUGGUCAUCUUGUAGCAAAAUUAUUAGGAAUCUACAAAGAAGCAUAGGAUAAAUAUCAUGAAUUUCAAUUGCAUCCAGAUUUUUAAAACAAAGUUCAUAAUCUAAUGGUCAAUAGAUUAACUUAUUAUGAUUUAGAAUCUCUAGUAACUACUAUGACUCUUCUUCCAACUUUUAUUAAAGAUGAUUUUAAAAAUAUUCAAAAUAAUCUAAUAAAUCGAGUAACUUAAAUUCCAGGUUAAUUCUAAAUUCAAGAUAUUAUUAAAUUUUAUGAGUUCAUUGAAUAGAACUAUGAUGAUAUCAAGAAUGCUCCAAUAUAAUAAAUGCAUUUUGUUGAAGAUAAUCUUUACAAAUAUAGUGAUUCUGUUAGUAUGGAUGAUUUAAUUAUCAUAUUGCAAUAUUUGGUAUAGAAUUAAUUUGAUUUAUUUUUUAGUAUGAGAGACCCAAAUUCAUAUUAUAGCCAGAUAAAUUUAUCAAUCAAGUUAUUAAGACUUUUGAUUAGAAUAUAAAUUUAAUGACUGCAGCCUAGAUAGAUAUGUUGACAUCUCUCUUUUAGCCUUUUUUGGAGUUUCAAUAAAAGUAGAUAGGAGAUUCUUUAAAUAUAAAGAAUACUUUAAAAAAGUUAAAAGAUAUUUAACUAAUUAAAUAAUAUUAUUAGAAAUAAAUUGAAUGA